UCCUAGCUGAGGGACAACUCAUCACUGACUGGCAGGGCACGCGCAAAACAGCGUGCUCGGCGGCCAACCAGCUGCUCCCUUCAUGCGCAAGCCCCGUGAGCCGUCCCAAUUGUCGUGGGGUGAUUCACGACCUGCAGGUAGGCUUUUGUGUCUCCAGCAUCGCAGCCUCGAGCAUCCCGCGCGGCAUCCAAUUGUGCGGCGGCUUGUCUAUUGCGUCCGUAGCUUGAAGAUAUAUGUAGCGACAGCGGCGUCGGCCUGCUCUCCGCCACCCCUCAUUUCUUGCUGUGCUAGUAGUGUGCUACCUGCAGCAAGGCGCACCAUCGCACAUAUACCUCCUGCCGUUCGCACAGCUCGACGAUCCGGCUCAGCGAUCUGCCUGCCCUGUCUGCAAUACGUUGCUCGAGCAAGACUCCCCUUCAGCCCUCCAGACGUUUGCCGCUAUCCUCGGGCACCGCCGUCUCUCCAGAUUCGGUGCUGAAUAGCGCGGCGUCAGCCCUGUCUAGGGGAGUUCUAUACGGCGCUGGGAUUCGUCGACUUGUUAAACCAGCUCUGCCUCCGAUUCGCGCAUCUCCCUCCACAAUUACAGAGCAGACGCCCGGUAUACAAGCCUUGGCUAGCAGGUAAACAACCUCCCUCGAACGCGAAUUGUCGUCGUACGGUGAUAAUGAAUGUGCCAGGUGCUCGUGCCCGGUGUUUA